ACAGACCACCGCGGGAAAUACGGUGUCGGUCUGGUCUGUAGUAGGCACUCAAAGGUUCUUGCCUCCGACACCUUUCCGCUAUCAUAUGCAAUACAAUUUCCAUAAAUCGAAUUAGGUGGACACGGUAGUCGAUCUUAUUCAACAUCACAAUGUCAAAAAAGAAAGGGCUAAGUUUGGAAGAGAAGAGAAGUCGCAUGAUGGAGAUUUUUUUCGAUACGAAAGAUGUCUUUCAGCUGAAAGACAUUGAAAAAAUUGCUCCCAAGACCAAAGGCAUAACGCCCAUGUCUGUGAAGGACGUGCUGCAGAGCUUGGUGGAUGACAACAUGGUGGACUCUGAGAGAGUGGGAACCUCAAACUACUACUGGGCCUUCCCCAGCAAAGCUCUGCACGCCCGCAAGCGUAAACUCCAGGAUUUAGAGAAACAGCAUACUGAGGCAAAGCAGCGCAAAGCAUUAGUGGAGCCGGCUGUGGAAAAGGCGAAAGUUGGACGCCAGGAAACUAAUGAACGUGAAUCUCUGCUGAAGGAGUUAAAGGUCCUUAAAGAAGAGCAGGUCCAGCUACAAGCUGAGUUGGAGAAAUACCGGGAAUGUGACCCGGAAGUGAUUGAGGAAAUGAGAAAGUCAAACAACAUGGCAAAACAAGCGGUCGACCGGUGGACAGACAAUAUUUUUUCGAUCAAGUCCUGGGCAAAGAGAAAGUUUUCCUUUGAUGACCGAAGCAUUGACAAAGCCUUUGGCAUCCCCGAGGACUUUGACUACAUGGAUUGACCAUAUCUCCUCAAAAACAGUUCAUGGUAAAUAGCUGCCAAACAACUUAAGCCAAUUACAAUAAAUUAAGUUGCUAUUCAGUGAGGUUUAUAUUAAUUUUAAGUUCAACCAUGUUACCUUUUUGUUAAAAUUGGAUGAGCUUUGCCACGAAAAAUAAAGUAUAUAUUGUAUGUAGCACCAGAGGCUAGCUUGGGAUAAACAAGUAGGCUGUACCCAGAAAAGGGUUCAAGGUAUCAAGGAGGUAUUAAAAAAUACAGAUGACCCACCAAUUUAAUUACUAUAACAUUUCUAUCACAUGUUUGUUUUGUUGAUUUCCAUUUUGUUUUCGUUGUUGAAUCCCCUUUUGUAAAGUGCCAAUUAAUUUAAACCGAUGCAAGCUACAGCUUGUCUUGGAAAGAUGGAAGUUGUUGACCGUGCCACAUAAUAUGCGAAAUGGCAAAAAAUAUAUAAAGAUGUUAAUUUAUACAGAAUAUCUUAUGAUGUUCAUUAGGGAGUUUAUACAUCUUGUCGCUUGACUUUUUUGGGAAAUAAAAUUGUUGAUUCCACUUGGAGAUUGCUAUACGCUUGUUAUUGUACAGGAACUAAAUGAAGGAAACUUGCCAAAGCAUUGAGUCAAUUCAUGUACACUUUUGGAUGUAAAGUCACAAUUACAUAACACAAAUAAUUGGUCUUUGCUUUGUUUGAUAUUGGCUGACUUUUGACUGUCAAUGUGCGAUUUGCAAGGAUAGUAAUGGUAUAGAUUGUUAAAUGUUUUAGCAUAGAAGUAUAUAGAAGCAUUGAAGUUGCCUUGCAACUGAGUACAGUUUCCUCACCCAAGUGCUGGGACACCGGAUCAAUACAUGCCACGCCCACCGCGCUGUACCUGCCUAUUUGUUCAUAAGUUACGAUAAUAUAUGAUAAUAACAGCGUUUUAUGUUGCCAGUAUUGUUUGGCUCAAACCCGAAAUCAUUUUGGUCGCAUCUCGUCUGAAUUAUUAAAUGGUCAAAUAUG